GACAAGAGGCUUGACCCGAAAGGCAAGGAAAGAGAGACGGCGAGACAGGGAGAGAGAGAGAGAGAGAGAGAGAGACGGGAAUAGAGACAGACGAAAGAUAUAAUAUAUAUAUAUAUCAGUGCGAGACGUUGUUGGACCUCUAGCGCACCAGGCAGACAUUUCAAAGUGUGUUACCCCUUAAGAGACUCGUGUUUCGAUGUGAGCGCUCUCUCCCGAUCCCCCAGAAAUAUCUAGAAAUAUUUGAAAGACGCUCAAAAAAAUCUCUUUUCGAAAACAGUGACCAUUUUCCGGCCUACACGUGUGAAGCAACGUUUAAAAAUUAGGCAACGCGACAGCGCACGGGACUACCACAGCGGACUGAGAGAUUUAGCGUUCGUAGCCAAGUGAUUAUGACAACACGUGCUUGAACGACGGAGAGAGAAAGAGAGGGAGAGAUAGAGAAGGAGAGAGAGGGAGAGACAGAGAUGAAAGCAGAAGAGCGAGUGUCGAUCAUAUUCUAGUCGAGAUGAAACAGCAGGAAGAGACGGCAGGCUCCGAAAUUCCCAAGGAAUCAAGAUGUCCUCAAGAAACCCGCUCGAUUAAUUCGAUGUAAACACCUGACUCUAACUUCAGCUGCCGGAAACCUUAUGACCUCUCUGGGCCAAAAUGGAACAAGGUCGACAUUUCUGAAGACGAAAGAAAAAAUGGAAUGAGAUCGGUCAUCCAACGGCGAACUUACCAAGACUAAAACAGAGAGACCCCAUUUCCUUCGGUGCUUUCUUGAACAAGGAAGGCGUAAGAAAAUAAGGCGUCAAUACAAUUGUGAAAAUAAGGUUGACUCAUCAGUGAAAGACUCCUGAGACAUCUCAGUCUACGGAAGCGGAGAGUCAACGCCCCCACCCCCCGCACCGCACCCCACCCUGAGAUGGGCCUGGCACCCAUGCAAGACCCAACAAUGACGACUUCGCAGGACAACACGCCCCUCUCUGUCCUCAACCGGGCGAAGACUCCAAUGGGUAAGGCCGGAGAUGUGUACUCCGAAGGGAAGCCGAGGGACGCGCAGGCCAACAGCCCCCCGAGCCCCUUUGUUUCCGUCAAAGUCCCGAGCCCUCGGAGGGCACUGGCUGACCAUGGUGAAUCUAAAAGGGAGGCUUUCAGAGGAGGAGAAGCAGCAGUAGGAGGGGCGGCAGAGAGAGACUUCGAGUGCCACUCCAACGGGUCCAUCGACCUGAGUCCCGUCGGAGGCGGAAGGAAAAUCUCCAGUCCCAGAAGAAGAGGCUCUCCGGGCCCUUUGCACGUCGGAGGGAGCAGCCCUGCCCACAGGUCCUCGCCGUCUCUUCGGAGCCCAGCUCAGACGCCCCCGGUGAAUCGCUCGCCAAUCCAAAGUCCUAUGCACACGCCGGAGGAUGAAGACCGCCCCAUAAGCCCGGCGGCUGCCCACACCAGGAACAAGGCGCCCCUGGCAUUCUCCAUCGACCGCAUCAUGGAGGCCACGCCCAGAAGAGCCAAAGUGACAGAGGUGACGAAGGAAGCCUCCCCGCCCCCGACGGCGCCCCUACGCCCUUUGGUGACGCUGCGCCCCGUCACGAAGUUGCCUUCGAGGCUGUUCGACCACCAUCCCGACCACCACCACAACGACCAACGACUCGCAGGGCUGAGGGCCCUGUACGACCACCACAGGACCAAAGAACUCCUACAUGACCCCAGAGCCAGGGAUCUCCUCUCGCAUUAUCCUCUGCUCUAUCAUUAUUAUCAGGCCGGAAGCAUCUUGCACUCGACGAGUUCAAUGGACGGACCCCGACAACCAACGCCCACCGUCUCACACCCGGCGGCGCCUACGACCGCCCACCCGACGCCCACGUCGCCCACCGCGGCUCACUUCCAACCCACUUCGCCUAGCGCCGCCCACCUGAGCCCCGCCCCCGCCCAUCGGCUGACGCCCCACGCCCUGUCGGCCUUCACCAGGUUGGACCUCCUGAAGGCGCGGACGCAGUCGGGCAUCUCCAGCAGCGCCUCUUCUCUCCACUACACUUCCGCCACAACGAAACUCGGCACCGCCUACGACCUCUCCAUGACUGGCGCCAGCCGAGUGCCAUCCUCGACCUCGUCGUGCACCACGACCCCCUCCCCCCUGCGAGUCCCCGAGGUCCCUAGGGAGUCCCACUCCCAAGGGGCGCACCCGUCGGUGUCCUCGCCGACUUCCUCCAUGGCUCCUUCGGGGGCGCAGAAUCCUUCGUCGAGGCUCCAGGCGGAGGGAAUGGUCCUCGGGGCGGCCAGUCUCGCCCUGUCGCCAAGGUCACACCAGCUCAGUGACAUCAAAACAGAGUCGUCAUCGUCGAGCCAAUCCCAGUCGCUACAGCACCAGGCGUCAGCGUCCAGUCUUGGAGGAGGAGGUGGUGGAGGUGGUGGUGGAGGAGGAGGAGGAGGAGUCGACGGAGGAGAGAUCAUAACCUCGAGCGUGGCCUCUGGACAGGCGGUAUCGUCGAGCCUCGCGGAGUCCGACGCCAGCAGGACUGGCAUGACCUCGCCCUCGAGUAAGAAGGUCACCGCUGGAGGUGGGGGUGCGGCGGGCGUCGGAGGGAAGCCCCAGAAGACGUUCACGUGCCCGGAGUGCGGGAAGAUCUUCAAUGCCCACUACAAUCUCACGCGACACAUGCCCGUUCAUACGGGCGCCAGGCCUUUUGUGUGUAAGGUCUGCGGCAAAGGCUUCCGCCAGGCUUCAACGCUGUGUCGUCACAAAAUCAUCCACACUUCGGAGAAACCCCACAAGUGCCAGACAUGCGGGAAGGCGUUCAAUAGGUCUUCGACCCUCAACACCCACGUCAGAAUCCACCAGGGCUACAAGCCCUUCGUCUGCGAGUUCUGCGGGAAGGGCUUCCACCAGAAGGGCAACUACAAGAACCACAAGCUGACGCACUCGGGCGAGAAGGCCUACAAGUGCCACGUGUGCAACAAGGCCUUCCACCAGAUCUACAACCUGACCUUCCACAUGCAUACCCACAACGACAAGAAGCCCUUCCAGUGCUCCAUCUGCGGCAAGGGCUUCUGCAGGAACUUCGACCUCAAGAAGCACAUGAGGAAGCUGCACGACAACACCUCCUACACGUCCUCCCCUUCGGCUUCCCCAGGAGCCGCCGACGUCGGCGGCGUCACGUCCGCCUCCCAGACGCUCCCCCGCCAGUUUUCGGUGUUGCCGUCCCUCAUAGGGGGCGGGGCGCCCAACCCGUCGGCGAUGGCCACCCUGGGAUCGCUCUCGCACCCUCCGCCGGCCAUGCCGCCGCCCAUACCCGCCCACUUCAUGAAUCCUUUCUUGAUAGCGCCUCCAGCGUUGCCCGUGUCCUCAGCAUCACCUUUCCUCCACAAGAUCCCGUCGCUGCUGGGCUGAUGGCUACUGCUGGGCCAACUAGCCUCCUCCUCCUCCUCGACUCCAACCACCACUUCCACCAACACUUCCUGACGCAGAUGCUCCGACACUCGGUGCUUGAUGACGUUUAUUGGCCUCUGCUAAACGAACAGUCUGUCCUUCAGAAUGAGGGAAAAGACAUCCAUAGUAAGCAAGAUAUGUUUUUUGGUCUGUACAGCAAUGAUAUCAGCGUAAAGAUGAUUGCUAUAUAGGCGGGCGUCGGUAUUUUAGAACUGUCACACACAACAAAGAUGUGUGGGAAGAUGCGCCAUCGAUAUAAAACAGCAGAAUAAUUUCUGUUGAAGGCAUGAACAAAUAACUCAACAAUCCAAUGAAAUGAUAAUUACUUAGAGUCAAAAGAUCAUUCUUGAUCUAUUGGCCACAAGGAAUCACCAUGAACGAAAAUUUGAAGUUUCUUUAAUGUCUGUCACUAAACUGACAUAAAAUUGCAUUGGGUUUAGAAUUCGGCCUAUGCGGCAAUGAAAACAUGCUGGUGUUUCUGAACCAUAGAAGCGGCCAAGGACGCUAGAGCAGUGGUUCUCAACCUUUUUUGCCCAUGCACCCUUUCCCCAUAUGUCAGAAUGUCAUUCCCCCAACCACUCGUUUCCAAAAUUGUCUGCCUCAAAAGGUGCAUUCCAAGUAAUAUGCAACAAAACUAACACAAACACACAAGCUAGCGGAAAGAAAGCCCAACGUGACCUCUCAGUAGAGCGGACCGAUGCAUACUGCGUUUUGUAUGGUCCUAGAACCAAUUGGAACCUGCCAAUCUGUGGUCAUAAUUCCCCCCUGAAACUCUGAAGGAUUUACCCCCUGGUUGAGAACCACUGGUCUAGAGAAUACCCUCUGGAGCAAGAGCGGAAACCUCGGACCAAAGUCGAACUGACCAAGAUAAUUGAUCUAUGACAUUAGAGAAUUUGGCUGGUCCGCUGGUAUAGUGGUUUGUGUCGUAACGUGCUACUCAGAUGUUGCGGGUUCGCGUCUCCCCCAAGGCGAUGAAAAUCACUGGCUCUGUACCAUGAUCAGUUACUGCUGCAGUGUGGGGUCUGCGGUGGGAGGUCGAUACCUAAAUUCUUUGGAAGCCUGAAUUUCAAGUCAAUGGUCAUCUACUGAAAGAAUAAUAAUAAUAUUUAUUAUUAUUAUUAUUAUUAUCAUUGGAGUCGCAACACCUGACCAAGAGGCCAAGAUACUGCCCUGCACUCGCAGGGAGAACCACAUCAACUUCAACCACGGACCACACUGCUGACGGUGAAAAAGUCUCCAAAUUCCAGAUGAACAGGCACUCCUUAAAUAACAGGUAUCUGAAUAAAUCAGUCCAUUCAAAGACCACCAAGUCCCACACCAUGAGGUCUCGUAGGAUCAUGAAGGUCUUGUCAUAAGCGGCAAGAGGUACUACUACUGCAUCCGGAUGCGUCAUCUUCGGAGAAAAGACCGAAACCAAAGACUAUCUCUUUUUAUUUGUGACUAUAAUACUCCUCUUCAAUUCGAUGAAGGAGAAUGCCAGUGAUGGCAAUGAACGGACCCAGUGGUUAAUAUAUUCUAGUCUCGCGUAGGAAAAUAAUGUAAAUACAGUGUAUCAAUGUGAAUAGGAACACAGACAAAUGCCUUUAAAGUUCUUUGACGUGCAAAAGGCUGGACAUACUUUUUCGAGUGGACAACUUAGACAAUGACUCAAGUCUUGAAAAGAAGACUUCAGUGAAGGCUCAGGAAAAAAAAAGACAAGUAAAAGAGCGAUGGAAAGAAAAAGGUCUUGCCUUCUCCACAGAGCACCCUACUCUCCUCCCAGUGUGAAAAGCAGGAAAAUGAAUAAAUGAACAGUGAAUAAACAAAUAAAUGACUAUAUGCAAUGAAAAUAGUACAUGAACAAAAGCAUGCGAUCAUUUCUUAGAAACUUUACCUCAAUGCACCAGAUGAUAAUAACGUUCCAGUUAACAAACAAAACUAAAAAUCUAACAUUUCUCCUUUAAUGAAGAAAGGAGAGACAGAUUUAACCACCGUAAAGUAUCCCCCCCAAAACAAAAACAAAAAAGAAAGGGGAAAAAAAGAAAACGCCAGAAACCCUCCAAGCGCCAACCCGCAACCAGGCAGCCCGCCAAGGAGUAGCAGCGCCCGAGAUCCUUCUCGGAAGGAAGGACGCGGGAGCAGCGCUGUGCAACUCGUCAUCAUCAACUCCGCUCGAACGACGAAAGAAGCUGCCUCUCUCGCAUUGGCACGGCGGCCCGGGCCCUUCCUUCCAAGCGGUAAUUUCCGAAAAACAAUUCAAUAAUGAGAUCACGGGUGGGAGGAUGUAGCUGAAGCAGCUGCAUCAGCAGCAGCAGCAUCAGCGGGUAAGGGAAAAGCCGCAAGUGCGGGUUUUUAAAUCCAAGUGCAUUGUCGUUAAUAAGAUGAUUAUUAUGAUUUGCAGAUCUCGUUCGUUGUGUUCUUUCUCUCUCAAACCCCUCCCCCUAACCCCCACCACCUUCACUCGACGCAGGGGAGGGGGGCGGGUGAAGGGGUGACCGCUAAUGACAAUCGGAUGAUUAUCGAAUGAGAAAUGAUAAUUAUCAUGUUGGGGAAAUGUGCUCUUGCGAGAUCACCAAAAGACGCCAUUAGUCGAAAAAUGCUCUCAUUAAAGGAGUGAUCACGGCGGAGUGGGUGGAUGGAUGGAAGGGUGAUCAUUAGGAGAGGCGGAAUUUGAAGAAAACCUCGGCAAUCUCGAGUCUGAGUCGCGUCGGAAUGAAGACGUCGGCGGGAAACUGAUUGGAAACAAUUUCCGGCAACUGAGCUGAGCCUGUACUUAAUGACUGAAGUUAUUUGGCGAUAUUAACGAAGAUAAAUAUGAACAAUGCGUGAAGGAGAAGAAGGAGGAGGAGGGAGGGAGGGAGGAGAGCGGUUUCCGGGCCUUCAUUGAAAAUGCAAAACGUAAUUGGAAAUUUACUUCGACGCGAACAAUUACAGGACAAUGUAGUUGCAAACGAAACGAAAGCAAGCAAUGCCUCACACUAGAGGGGAUUGAUAAUGUAUUAGCACACAAUAACAAAGGCAGACAAAAAACUGAAUGAGGUUUGGAAAGGAAACUGAUCUCGCAUGAACUUAAUAUAUAUAUUAAUAUAUACAUAUAUAUAUAUGUGUGUGUGUAUAUAUAUUUAUAUAUAAAGAGGUAAUUGUUUAUAAUAAACAGUUAAAAAAUUGUUGCAAAAUACAUGGAAAAAUAAUUUCUUUUACCGCAAAACACAAACAUAAUUGUUUCCGAAGAAUAGUGAAUAUCAGUUGCAAUAAUAGUAACUACUGUUUACAGGCAAAAUAGUGAAUAUGAUUUGCAGACAAUAUAGUGACUGUUGUUUACAGACAAAAAUAGUGAAUAUUGUUAUGUUGUGAGUGUAAAUGUGAUCCAAAAGAUGAGGAAGAUAGUUGAUAGUUUUUUCUGUCUAGUCAAGCGGUUGUUACAACAAGUUGUACAUUACGUGUAUAGUGUGUAUAUAUAAUUGUAUGUUGGUAUAUAGUAUGGUUAUAUGGGUAAUGAAGGAUCAAACUGUACAGCUAAAUGAAAAAAAAAAAUCUUUGACGUAAACUGCAAACCUCUAUCUCUUCUAUAUCUGCCAUUAUUAUUAAUUAUGAUUUUAUUCCCAGUUGGUCUAACUGUUAUUAUUACCAAUUCAUUCCAAAAACUACAGCUACUGGUCUAUUAUAAUUUUUCUUCAUUAUUAUUAUAUUAUCAUUUAUUGUUAUGUAUCAUUCUAGCUCAACACCUUUUCCCCUUUCACCGCUGUAUCCCAAUGAAUCAUCUAGCUUAGAGUUGUAUGAUUACAAAGACAAGUGUAACUAUUGUCCAGAGUGAUAAUAUAAUGUCAAUAAAGUACGCA